AGCUGCAUCAAUAUCCGACGGCCGUCCCACGAUCCGACUCACGCUGCCCGCCUCAUCGUCAACAUUAUUUCUUCGCUGAACUUGGCAGUCAUACGCUCGUUACAUUCUGUAUCGAUGCGCUGACGCCCAGACGACCGAUAGCAUGCCCCCCUCCACGUGCGAGAUCUGCAAAGAUGCACGCGCACAAAUCCUCCGACCGAAGAACCACGCUCGAAUCUGUGCGCCCUGCUUCACAGCAAUUUUCGAGGCCGAAGUGGCCGAGACCGUCACGUCGUCGAAACUGUUCGUGCCAGGCGAGAAAGUCGCAAUCGGUGCUUCUGGUGGCAAGGACAGCACUGUUCUGGCUUCGGUCUUGAAAACGCUCAAUGAUCGCCACAAUUGGCAACUCGAUCUCGUGCUUCUUAGUAUCGAUGAAGGGAUUACAGGAUACCGAGAUCAUAGUUUAGAGGCUGUCAAGAGACAUGCCCAGCAGUAUGAUCUUCCGCUCAAGAUUGUGAGUUAUCAAGAGCUGUAUGGCUGGUCGAUGGACCAAGUCGUAGCGCAGAUUGGAAAGAAGGGCAAUUGCACAUACUGCGGUGUAUUCCGACGACAAGCCCUUGAUCGAGGCGCUGCAAUGCUAGGCGUGGGUCAUGUCGUGACAGGACAUAACGCAGAUGAUGUUGCGGAGACGGUUCUCAUGAACCUCCUGCGAGGUGAUUUUCCUCGAUUGAGUAGAGCCACGAGUAUCAUUACAAGUACACCCUCUGCGAACGCCACGAAAAGCGAGGAUGGAAAGGUGAAUUUCACGAACGUCAAGAGGAGUAAGCCGUUGAUGUAUGCCUACGAAAAGGAGAUCGUGCUGUACGCACACCAUAAGAAGCUGGAUUACUUCAGCACGGAGUGCAUAUACAGCCCAGAGGCAUUUAGGGGCAGUGCAAGAACAUUGAUCAAGAACUUGGAGAGGAUCAGGCCGGAGAGUAUACUCGACGUCGUGAGGAGCGGGAUCGAUAUGGCCAAGCUCGUGCCAGACGCGAAGGAUAAUUGCGGAGGAGCUUGCGGCAAUGGGGAGAAUGCUGAGGCGAAGGGUGCAGAAGAUGAGGCGGAUGGGGGCUGUGGAUCAGCCAAUGGCAAAUCGAGCGGCGGAGAGAUGGCUGAAAUGGAAAAGAAGUUGAGACAAGAUGAAGAGGCCGUGGAGAAUGGUACAGAAGUGGAGGUCAGGAUGCCUGCCAACGGAGACAAGCCUGGUCUACAGACCGUACCAAUCCGGACGAAGCAGGAGAAGAAGGGAGCGCGGAAAGGUCGCGAUGGCGCACCUCCGAAACAGAAGCUUGGCCAGUGCGAGAGGUGCGGAUAUCUAUCCUCGCAGGCCAUUUGCAAAGCUUGUGUGCUGCUCGAAGGGCUGAACAAGGCUCGACCGCGAACGGAAAUCGAAGUUUCAGGCGCCGAAGGCUAAAGAGUUAACAAGCAGCGAGAGCGGUUCUCGAACGGUCUUCUGGAAAACUAAGCGCGCCAGAGAUCUCAGGUUGAAUCGUUGGACUCUGCACUCGCCUGAAAGUCACUCGAAUUAGGAUGCGAAUAAGUCAGCCAAACAACAGCCAUGUCACAAGGAACACAAUCUGACACCGAUUCAUGAGGGAGCGGAAUGCAUUCGAGCUGGGAAAGCGGUGUUCAUCUGUUUACAAAGCUACCAAAGCGACGCCUUUUCGAAUUACG